GUGCGACAAGAGGAUGCUCUCGCCUCAAACCAGCAGCGAUCUCAGUGGUGGAAAUGUUGGACACGGGGAGGGUCGACUUUCAUAUGACAUUGACGCUAUGUAGAUGAGAGCGGGGAUUUGUGCUCCGUGUAAUGUCCCCGGCCGCUGAAGUUAGACGGUGUUGAGGCAAAGCUGCUCCUUUUCCGCUGCUCCGUUUCCCGGCGCUACUCUUUCAGCCGAACCAAGCUAACAGAAGUCACCGCUCAAACCCACUGCCUGUAGAGUUACAUUUACCUUCAGGAUAAAAGUUUGGUUUUGCUUCUGUAUAUUUUCGAAUGGAAAUUUGUUUAUUUUUUCUGUUCCGGGAGAAUCAACUUUAAGACUGAACGCACGGAUAGCAUACCAUCAUCCAAAACAUCUAGUUGGCAUAGCAGUUUGAUUGGUCGUUUUCCCCAUUGGUAAGGUGUUAUUCCUGCUCCAUCUCCGGAUUUCCUGUUCAUCCAACGGUCCCUCGGCUGGGUAACGAACCGCGAAGCUGCUGUCUACGUGGACCGGUGGGGCUAAAAUCUUCCGUCCACCAGCCAACCUUGCCCGGAAAUAUACAUCUAAACAUAUUGACAUGGCGACAAAUGGUACUAAAGCCACAGACGGACACGUCCUAACAGAGGUGAAUGCUGAACCUAACGACAAACCCAAAACGCUGGUCGUCAAGGUCCAGAAAAAGGAACUUCCCGAAAGAGAAAAUUGGACUGGAAAAUUUGAUUUUCUCCUGUCUUGCGUCGGGUACGCAAUUGGACUUGGAAAUGUCUGGAGAUUUCCUUAUCUGUGUGGGAAGAACGGAGGAGGCGCCUUCUUGAUUCCCUACUUUUUGACGCUCAUAUUUGCUGGCAUGCCCCUGUUUCUGCUUGAAACGUCCCUUGGUCAGUACACGUCGAUCGGAGGGCUUGGGGUGUGGAAACUCGCUCCCAUGUUUAAAGGUGUUGGCCUGGCCGCAGCCGUGCUUUCGUUCUGGCUAAAUAUUUAUUACAUUGUGAUCAUUGCCUGGGCCAUUUACUAUUUAUGGUCCUCCUUUACUUCUGAGCUUCCGUGGCAAUCAUGUGGCAAUUCUUGGAAUACAGAGCGGUGUUAUUCCAACUACAGCAUCCUGGAUGCUGCCAACCUGACCAGUGCGGUUCAGGAAUUCUGGGAACGUAAUAUGCACCAACUGACUGAUGGUCUGGAGAAGCCCGGGGAGAUCAGAGCGCCUCUAGCCAUCACCCUGGCCAUCGCCUGGGUGCUAGUCUAUUUCUGUAUUUGGAAAGGUGUGGCCUGGACUGGCAAGGUGGUGUACUUCUCAGCAACGUACCCGUACUUUAUGCUCUUCAUCCUCUUCUGCCGUGGCAUUACUCUUCCCGGGGCCAUCGAUGGAAUCCUCUUCUAUAUCACACCCAACUUCGAGAAGCUCAAAGAAUCUGAGGUGUGGUUGGAUGCUGCCACCCAAAUCUUCUUCUCCUACGGACUCGGGCUGGGUUCACUUAUUGCUCUGGGAAGCUACAACCCUUUCAAUAAUAAUGUGUACAGAGAUUCGGUCAUUGUGUGCUGCAUCAACUCCUUCACCAGCAUGUUCGCUGGAUUGGUCAUCUUCUCCAUUGUGGGUUUCAUGGCCAACGUGACUAAAAGGCCUAUAAUAGAAGUAGCAGCUUCAGGCCCUGGCUUGGCAUUCUUAGCCUACCCCGAGGCAGUGACCCAACUGCCCAUCUCCCCCCUCUGGGCCAUCCUUUUCUUCUCCAUGUUGUUGAUGUUGGGAAUCGACAGUCAGUUCUGUACUGUCGAGGGCUUCAUCACUGCAUUGGUUGAUGAGUUCCCCAGGGCUCUGAGAGGAAGACGAGAACUCUUCAUUGCUGUUGUCUGCCUGGUCUCCUAUAUUAUUGGCCUUUCCAACAUCACACAGGGUGGGCUGUAUGUCUUUAAGCUGUUUGACUACUACUCUGCCAGCGGGAUGUGCCUGCUUUUCCUGGUCUUCUUCGAGUGUGUUUCCAUAUCCUGGUUCUAUGGUGCAGAGAAGUUCCUCACCAACAUUGAGGAGAUGAUUGGCUUCAGACCCUGUCUGUGGUGGAAGCUAUGUUGGAUGAUCUUCACUCCUCUCGUAGUAGCUGGAGUGUUUCUGUUCAGCGCCGUCCAGAUGGUUCCGCUCACCAUGAACAACUACGUGUUCCCGGCCUGGGGUCAGGGAGUGGGCUGGUGCAUGGCCCUCUCCUCCAUGCUACUCAUCCCUGGAUACAUGGUGUACAUGUUCCUCACCCUCAAAGGAGACUAUAAAGAGCGCCUGCGGAUAAUGAUCCAGCCACCAAUCAUGGUGAAAGGAGAGCGCCAGGAGAACGGCCCGGAUCAGGCAGCGGCGGCGGAAAACUUGGCCCCGGAAGAGGCUUACAUCUAAACCCGGUUCAGCCCGUCUCCGAGGCCAGCGCUCUGCAGAAAACAAUGUAAUCACGGUGAAGCACAGCCAAGGGAUGAGGCUCAAAUGGCGGCCUAUCCCCUACAUAGUGCUCUGCUUUUAACCAGGGUACGUAUGGACCACUACCCAUAUAGGCCCUGGUCAAAAGUAGUGCACUACAUAGGGGACAGUUUGCCAUUUGGGAUGCAGGAACGUCUGAUAUCCAAUCACCUACCUCCGGGGGAAACAUGUGACCAACCUGAUUACACGUUUGUUUAGUUAUUUUUUUUAGUUUUCUCUUAUUUACGUUUGUAAAAAAAAAAAUGGAAUGAAGAAAAACAAACUACCCAGCAAUGCUAUUCUGAUAGUUUGUGUUUCAUAUGCAAUGGUAGACUUUCUAAAUUGUUACCUAGAACAUUACUGUAAUUUCAAUUAUGAUUUAAAUUUGGAGGCCCAAUGUGAUUCAACCCUACUGUGCUAAUUGAAGAUAUUUACUUAAUUAAUCUAUUAAAAAAUAUUUUGUAAAAAGGAAAGAUAUAGAAUAUAAUCUGUAUGCUCAGAAAGAAGUACAGAAAAAAUUAAUGCAAUGUAUUAGGUAUGCAAAUAAAUGCAAUAAAAAUUGCAUUGUGGAAUUGAAUACUGAUGAAUUAUAAGCAAUGACCAUUAUGGGAAAGUGCAACUGGCAAGGCCAAAUCUCUUUAUAUCGUUUUGUUUCACCCCUCCUUAUAUUCCAACCAUUGAAAAAGCACAAGGCCAGUACGUCAAAUGUGUUCGACACCACACAACCUGUUACAAAAUGCAGAUUUCCGUUAGGUACGAGAGACUGUUACAAUUGUAUCUUUGUUUUCUAAAGAACAAUAACUUUGUAUGUGUCUGAAACAUUUUUUUAAUGAUUUGUAGGAUUUAAUUUUUUCUAUGUGAGAGUGAGAAGGACCAAAAUCAUACUCGUGAAAAUGGAUCAGCACAAACACGAGCAAAAGCCUAUUGAAAUGAGACGCCACCCCCCUCCCUCCUUUCACUGGUGUACUGAUCUGCGUUAUUAUAACAGAAGCAGCAUUUGAGCUGCAUCCACGGGACAGCUCCCCCUACAGAUGUGGGGUUUUAGUCCAAGCCUGUUUACCAUUAUAACGUCCCAAUCCUCAGGAACUGCCUUGAAAAGUGACCAAAUGAUCUGCUGAGAGUGCAGAGAUAAGAGCUGUGAAACGAACAAAUGAAGGCCUCCCUCCAGUAGGUCGUUAUUCAGUCAUUCCAUUGGAGGUCUGCGCAGGUUUCCAAUGUCAGGAUCUGAGAGAGACAUUUUACAGAAAGCCUAACCUGCUGAGAAACCACAGGCCAAUAUUACUUCUGAGAUUAUACCUUCUUUUUUAUUAUUGAAAAAGCAAACUUAUGCAUUAUUAAGUUGUUCGGCAAUAUAUAUAGAUAUGACACUUGUAUUUAGUGGGAUUAUAUAUUAAUUACACAAAUGAUCAUGGCUGUGUUUCUGUAAGGAUAAAGCUAGUAUGCUUUGAAGGCAGCUAAACGUCAUAGGAAUCUGGUCUAAAUUAGUCCUUUCAUUCUUUGCAAAGAUUAAAACGUGCAAUCAAUAAGUGUUCCAUGAAUUUUGUAUAGUUCCAUUCUGCAGUUUUCUGUCUUAAAUGAUGUUGUAAAGCUGUACUCUGUAAUAUGUGUAACUGUGUCUGUAUGACGUUUUGUCUAAAUGUUGAAAAUAUAUUAUAUUAUUUGCUGUUCUCUGCAGUAAUAUGAUUAUCUCAGAAACCGAAGCACAUAUCUUUCUGAAAUGUAAACAUAAUAAAUUACAAUAACAAUAAUAGAAUAAUAACUAAAUAAUAGAUACAAUGUCUGGUGAAAGAAUCUUGUUUUGUAUAUUUCUAACUGUUUCAUGGGCCUAAUGUAAAAUAUGAUAUGUAAAAAAUAUAAUAAAUGUCUUUAGAUGGUGUUAUAUGAAAAAGCAUGAUUGCCAUAUAUGUUAUCUGCAUAAGUAAAUAAAGAACUAUAGAUUA